AUGGCAUUAUCAAAUAACAAAAAUCAUUCAUCAAUUAAUGUAAAUUUAAUUUUAUUUCAAGCUUGUGAACAAGGUGAUUUAGAAACAUUAAAAAAUUAUUUAAAUCCUUUAACAACAUCAGAUAUUAAAUUAAUACGUGAUGCACAACAAGCAACACUUGUUCAUUAUGCUGCACGAUAUGGACAUUUACAUAUACUUGAAUAUUUAAUAGAGAAAAAAAAUUUAGAUAUUAGUCAAUUACGUACAGAACAUGGUGCAACAUGUGCACAUGAUGCUGCUGUUUGUGAUCAAGCUGAAACACUUAAUUAUAUAUUUCAUUAUUCUAAAUUAAAUAAUCAAAAUAAACAAGAUUCAUUGCAAAAGCUUCGUUGGACUGUUCGAGAUGAACAAGGAAAUACACCAUUACAUCUUGCGGCUGCUUAUGGUUCCAUGAAAACUCUUCGUUAUUUAAUUGAACAUGAAUCAGCUGAUCCUCAUAUUCGAUCAUAUAAUGGAUUUCAACCAAUUCAUUAUGCUGCUUCAUCUGGUCAUGGAGAAUGUGUUAAAUUAUUAUUAAGAAUAGCACCAGAUACUGUUAAUGAACAAACAACAACAUUAUUAACACCUAUCUAUCUUGCUUGUCAAUAUGGAUCAAUCGAUACAAUUAAAAUCUUAUCUUCACAUGGAGCUAAUUUUAAAUUAAGAGAUGAAAAUGGUUUAAAUUGUUUACAUACUGCUUGUCAAAGUUCACAUCUUCAUGUUGUUCAAUGGCUGGUAGAAAAACAAAAUGCUAAUGUCGAUGAUGUUGAUUAUAUGAAUAAUACUCCACUUCAUUAUGCAGCAGCAACUGGUAACGAAGCUAUUAUAACUUAUUUAUUAGAAAAAAAUGCUCGGAUUAUAACAUCGAGCAAUGGCAAUACACCAUUACAUGUGGCAGCUGAAAAUGGUCAUCAAAGUGCAUGUGCUAUAUUAAUUGAACGAGGUCAUUGUUCAGUAAACACACGAAAUAGUUCUCAAUUAACAUCAGCUGAUUUAGCCAAUCAUUAUGGUUUUCCAUCACUUGCUAAUGAACUUCGUCUUCAUGAAAAUUCUUCAUCUAUGUAUGAAAAUUCUUCACCUAUGUAUGAAAAUUCUUCUCCAAUUAGUGAAAGAAUAGAAUUAGAAAAUGCAACUAUUAUACGAUUAGUUGUUAAAAAACGUAAUGUUGAACGUUCUGAUGCAUCAAAUCAAGUUGAUGAAAAUGAAUUAAUAACAAAUUCAAUUAAUGAAACAAAUUCUUUGAUAGAUGAUGGAUCUUUUUCAUCAAAAAAAUUAAUUAAUCAACGUUUUGAUCCAUUGGAACUUCGUUCACGUGUUGAAGAACGUGAAGCAACUAGAAUUAAUUCAAUGAUAAGUAAUGAUCAAGUAACAAAUGUUCUUAUGCACAGUAUGGAUUCACUUAAUCAACAACAAAAAAAUCGACAACGCUCAAAAUUACCAUCACAAACAUAUGCACCAUGGCUUAAAGCGGGUAACAUGACACCAAAAGCAUUUGAACAAGAAAUUCAGAAAGUUGGAUCAAAUUUACGCAAAGUACGACGUGAUAGUUUAUCAACAGCAAAUAAUACAGAGUCAGAUUCUUAUGUAGAACGUUCACGACAAAGUCGAUCACUUGGACCUCCUGUAACGCCAUCAGUAAAACCUGAAGAAACAUCAACAUCAACAUCAACAUCGACAUCGACAUCUGAUAAUGAAUAUUUAAAUAAUAAUACAUGGAAAAGACCUGGAUAUCAAACGGGUCCAACUGUAGUUCCAAUUGCCAAGUCACAUCAAUUUAUAACUGGAUCUUCUCAAUCAAGUUCAGUUCGAUAA